UACCAUCCAUGAUUACAAGGUUCGAUGGUUCCUUUUCGAAGCUUCCUGGUAACCCCUCCCCCUCCCCAAAGGUAGCCAUUUUAUCUUUCUCUGUAAAAGUGAUUGGCGAAAGGUCUUUCUUUAUUGUUUCUCUAACAGUGAAAAUUGUACCCUUUUCCUUAAUCAACUCAUUCCGCGUGGAGGUUCACUUUCUGGCUUUUGCUCCGAAGCUCCCUUUUAGCACGCUCAAGAGUCCUAUUAUAAGCCUAAAACUUUCUUCCAUGGAUCCAAGACUUGAACAAGCAGCUGAAUCUGGAAGCAUCGAUGACCUGUAUGCUCUUAUUGAUGAGAAUCCAUACAUACUUGAGAACAUAGAGGCAGUACCAUUUGUGACCACUCCCCUCCACGAAGCUGCAGCUUCCGGGAACAUACCAUUUGCCAAGGAGAUGCUGAAUCUUAAGCCCUCUUUUGCCAGAAAGCUUAACACAAGCGGGUGCAGUCCGUUGCAUCUUGCUGCAUACAUGGAUGAAAAUGAGUUUGUCCUCAGGAUGCUCUGGUUUGAUGGCAGUCUUGCCCGCGUUAAAGGGAGAAACGGCAUCACACCGUUUCUUUUAAUGGUGUCCAGAGGAAACACAGAUCUUGUGGCAGAGUGCCUCCUUACUUCCCCUGAAUGUAUCCAAGAUGAGACUGUAGAUUGCCAGAAUGCUCUGCAUCUUGCUGUGAUACAUGAUAGGUUUGAAGUUCUCCAAGUCCUCACCGGAUGGAUCCAGAGAAUGAGCCAAAUAAAUGCUUACUCUAUUGAGGAUCGUGUUCUGAAUGGAUUGGAUUUUAACUUAAACACGCCUUUGCACCUUGUAGCAUCUAAGAAUGAUCAUCAGAUGGCUAAGCUGUUAUUGGAAUGCCGGUUGGUUCAGCGGAACCAAGUAAAUGGUGAUGGUUUAACUUUCUUUGACAUCUUUAAAACCCAAGGACAGAGCGACGCAGGUGGAGACUUAAGAAGCCAGGGACCGAGAGUCGUAAGAGAGGACUUGGAUUUGGAACAAGUUGCUACAAAAACAGGGUGUAAAGUGGCGGCUUCCCUGCCAAGACCCAAGACAAAGUUUGAGAUUUUAAAAUCACCAUUCACUUUCUGGACAUUGUUCUCCACAUUCAUGAGACGCCUAAGGACUGACACAUCAGACGAAGCUCGUGGAGUUUUCCUGAUUGUAUGCACUUUGAUAAUAACAGCCACUUACCAGACUGCCCUCCAGCCUCCCGGAGGUGUACACCAAUCCGAUGAUGCUAAUACAGGUUCCGUGGUGAUGAAACAGACGUUCUUCAUCCUUCUUUGGAUUUCCAACACCACAGGCUUCGCCUGCGCUUUACUCUACACCUUUUUUCUAAUACCACUUGGUAGUAUGUUUGCAAGUUGGUUCCGUUGGAUUGGGACAUCUCUGUGCAUUUCCUAUGCUCUAGCCGUGGCAGUGAUCUCACCGCACCCUCUAGUGUUUCUCUCUGCAACCUUCGCCUUCUUCCUGCUCAUUGCUCUCUAUAUCUUGUUGGAAGCUUUCCUACAACAAUGGCGGAAGCAUGAAUCUGUGGCCCCUGAGAUCCGGUUGAGCUGGUUUUGGAAGGAUUGAGACAGCAUGUGUAACUUCUAUUACAGGAGAAGAGAGGAUUCUGAGAAGGUAAAAGAUGCAAACGUCAAAAUAUAUGCCAUGGCCCUUGUUUAGUCUUUUUUUUUGUAUUUGCAAUAAUGUUCAGUUUCGUCACUUGACUUUUUUAUAUAAUAUGCUAUGUAAGGAAUGAUUUCAUGCAUGUGAAGAAGCUCUAUUCGAUACCA